AUGACAGUUUCACUGGUGAGUUUCGUAUCGCUUGUGACAGCGGAUUCCAAGAAGUUCCAGCGCACCGCCGCCUGGUACCAUGCUUUGGGUUUCCGCCUCGUGAAAAAUUACAACAAAGUUUCCACCGCUUCCUCCCAGGUGGUGCUUGGGAUUUCCGGUGAUUCUUCCAAGGAGAUCUGGUUGGAGGCGCUUCCUUUGCAGAACUUGGACGCCAACGGGAACGUUGUUCCGUGGCAGGAAUUGGAUUUCUACGAAGGAGACGCCACUUCAAAAUUGUGCAAUGGCACGGUGAUCAAAAUCCGUCUUUCGUCUUUGGAGUCCACCAAGACGGUGCCACAGACAAUUGACUUUUUUGCCGCCGACCUAGGCAAGCUCAAGGCGCUUUUGGACAAGGCUGGCGCCAAGUACGAAGAAAAGGGCGAUGUUUUGACCUCGGACCCGUUGGGCAAUACCGUCCGCUUCUCCAACAAAGAGCUGAUUUUGAGCGACCACGCCUUCUCCAGCCAGCAGGAGUACUUGGACUAUAAAACCAAGGAGGUCACCGACGCCUUGAAGAAGUUUAAGCCCCAGGAAAGCACCGACGAGUUGCCUACUGCCGAAAAGGCUAAAAAGAAGAAGAUCGCAGUCAUGACCUCAGGCGGUGACGCCCAGGGUAUGAAUUCUGCCGUUCGUGCCGUGAUCCGUUCGGGUAUCUACUACGGCUGUGACAUGUUUGCCGUUUACGAGGGCUACGAAGGUUUGGUCCAGGGUGGCUCGCUUUUGAAGCAAAUGGGCUGGGAGGACGUUAGAGGGUACCUUUCGCUCGGAGGUACCAUGAUUGGUACGGCCAGAUGUGCCAAGUUUAGAGAAAGAGCUGGCCGUUUGGCCGGUGCCUUCAACAUGAUCAAAAACGGUAUUGAUGCGCUUAUCGUGUGUGGAGGUGACGGUUCCUUGACUGGUGCCGACUUGUUCAGAGCCGAAUGGCCUUCUUUGGUGGAGGAGCUCGUUAAGACCCGCCAGCUCACUGCCGAGGAGGUGAAGCCUUACCAGCACUUGACCAUUGUGGGUCUUGUGGGUUCUAUCGAUAACGAUAUGUCCGGAACCGAUGCCACCAUUGGUGCCUAUUCCUCGCUAGACAGAAUCACCGAAAUGGUUGACUACAUUGACGCUACUGCCGCUUCCCACUCUCGUGCUUUCGUUGUGGAGGUCAUGGGCCGUCAUUGCGGCUGGUUGGCCUUGAUGUCGGGUCUUUCCACUGGUGCCGAUUUCAUCUUCAUUCCUGAAAGACCACCACAGCACGGCAAGUGGCAGGAUGAGCUUAAGACCGUUUGCCAGCGCCACAGAGACCUCGGCAAGAGAAACACCACUGUUAUUGUGGCCGAAGGUGCCAUUGACGACGAGCUCCAGCCUAUUACUUCUGAGGAAAUCAAGAAGGUGCUCGUGGAGUUGGGUCUCGACACCAGAAUCACCAUUUUGGGCCAUGUCCAGAGAGGUGGAACUGCUGUGGCGUAUGACAGAAUGUUGGCCACCUUGCAGGGUGUGGAAGCUUUGCGUGCUGUUUUGGAAACCACCCCUGACACCCCAUCGCCGGUCAUUGGUAUUGUUGAAAACCAGCUUGUGCGCCAGCCAUUGGUGGAGUCUGUGAAGAACACGAAAAUGGUCGCUGAGGCUAUUGAAGCCAAGGAUUUUGACAGAGCCAUGGCCUUGAGAGACUCGACUUUCGCUUCGAUCUACAGAAAUUACUUGGUCACCACGAAGGACGCUAGCGGAAAGAACUUCGUUCCCGAGAAGGAAAGAUUGAACAUUGGUAUCGUGCACGUUGGUGCUUCUUCUUCGGCCCUUAACGCCUGUACCAGAUCUGCUACCUUGUACUGUUUGUCCAAGGGCCACCGUUUGUUUGCUAUUCAAGACGGUUUCUCCGGUUUGAUCAACACCGGUAACUUCAGAGAGUUGACCUGGUUGGAUGUGUGUGGCUGGCACAACAGGGGUGGAUCGGAAAUCGGUACUAACCGUUCCUUGCCCAGCGAAAACUUUGGUAACGUCGCCUACUACCUCCAAAGACACCAGUUGAACGGAUUGCUCAUUGUCGGAGGUUUCGAAGCGUUCACCGCAUUGCAUGAAUUAGAAAACAACAAACACAAAUACCCAGUGUUCAACAUUCCCAAGGUGGUGAUCCCGGCUACCGUUUCCAACAAUGUUCCUGGUACCGAAUACUCCUUGGGUCUGGACACCUGUUUGAACCAGCUUGUCAAUUACUGUGACGCUGUCAAGCAAUCUGCUUCUGCCACCAGAAGAAGAGUGUUUGUGUGUGAGGUUCAAGGUGGAAACACCGGAUACGUUGCUUGUUACGCCGGUUUGGUCACCGGAGCCAUGGCGGUUUACACGCCAGAGAGCAAGGUGACGCUCAAGACAAUCAGAGAGGACUUUGACUUGCUAUCGGCGGUGUUUGAGAAUGACCGGGGAGAAGACCGCAACGGCAAACUUCUCAUCCGUAACGAGCAUGCAUCGGACGUCUACACCACGGAUCUUUUGGCGGACAUGUUCAAGGAGGCAGCAAAGGGACGGUUCGAGACGAGAACCGCCGUGCCCGGUCAUGUGCAGCAAGGAUUCAUGCCGCUGUCGAUGGACCGAGUGUACGCCGUCCGUUUUGCCGUUAAGUCCAUUGAGUACAUCGAAGAAUGGAGUAAGCGGGUAUUCAACGCUGCAGAACACACGCUGCAUCACAGUGUGAACAACAUCAAGAUGAUCGACUUUAUGGACAAAGAGGAGGAGCUGUCGGUUGUGAUUGGAGUGCAAGGCGCCAAGGUUGUUUUUUCGAACAUCAACGACUUGUACGACAAGGACACGGACGUUGCGUUGAGAAAAGGGCGGACGAUCCACUGGAGCCGGUUGGAAGAAGUGAGCAACUUGUUGAGCGGGCGGUUGAUGCUCAGAGAGGGCAAGGCCACGCGUUAG